ACUACGGCAGGCGGUGAGGCUCCGUGUGAGGCCGGCGAGGACGCCGCUCGAGUUGCUGGUUUGAGCCGCAGGCUCCGGGCGAGGCGACCCUCCGGCGGUGCCCGGACUCGGCGCCGCGGCCCCUUCCUCCGGUUAGUGCCGAAGAGGACCAGCUCUGGGCAGGGGGGGAGCUCGAGCCCGCUGGGAUGGCAGCCCCGUCCAUGAAGGAGAGGCAGGCCUGCUGGGGAGCCCGGGAUGAGUACUGGAAGUGUUUGGACGAGAACGAGGAGGACGCUUCGAAGUGCAAGAAGCUAAGAGGCUCCUUUGAAUCAAGUUGUCCCCAGCAGUGGAUAAAAUAUUUUGAUAAAAGAAGAGACUACUUAAAAUUUAAAGAAAAAUUUGAAGCAGGACAAUUCCAGCCUUCAAAAUCAACUGCAAAGUCAUAAGCUGUUCCUGACCUUUUCAGAGAGGUAGACGCGUUCUCUCUGGACAUUCAAACAUGCCCCAGUUGAUUGCGGGACCAUGGUGGUUUGAACCAUGGCAAACACCAGUGCCACCUACCUCUGCACAGCUGACAACUGAAGCGAUCACAGCGCCGGAGAGCCCGUCGCUCAGACUGUGAAGAAGUGACAUAAAAUACAAUCGUAUGAAAUAAGAUCUGUGUUCGUUUAGUGAGAAGUCAGUAUUUUAAGAAAAAAAUUAAAGCCUAUUAUUUAAAAA